AUGAAUUGCACGUUUUUGAUGAAUGCCCCGCUUACAAGAGCUUACGGGGAGCUGGAGGACAUCCAAGCAGGCGUUGGAAAAGCUUCACCUGAAGGAGACCUACAGACGCCGGACAUUGCCGCGAACGUGACAGCGAAGGGCGACGACAUCGGCAAGGCCGACGCCAAUGAACAACAGAGUCUCGGAGUAGCAGCCUUUGAAAAUGGAGACAUGACUUUGCAGCAGCAGCUGGCGGAACUUCCCAAUGUUGACCACAAGGCCAUUGCCACAGCUGAAGCUGUUGCCGGCGCCAACCUCUCGGAACCCAACGGCGAGCCAGCCCCCGCCGGCGACGACGGCAACAACAACAUCACAGCCGAUGGCGACGGCGCCGUCUGCAGCCCCGGCGGCACAACCGCAGCCGUCAUGACGUCGUGCUCAGGCUGCGGAUCCUCGGCGGCCGCGGCUUUCACGCGCAGCGGCGCCGCCGCCGGCGCUUCCUCGCCCGCAACGCCGGCGCCGUGGACGGCGCCCAAGUCCUAUGGUAGCCCGAGCGGCAGCCGUCGUGAAAGCUGGGCCGGUCACGGAACGCCCUGGUAUCCCCCCGGGCCUAAUCUCGUGGUCAGGCCACUCCCGCCAAGUCCUCCCAGGGAGGCCAGCGCCGGUAAGGCGCUCAUGCUUGCAGGCGUCGGCGUCAGUCGGGAGGGCUCCGCCACGGACAUCGCUGCCCUCCGCCGUAGUACGGCAACCAGCCAUGUCAGCUCCGGAAACUUCAGCGGCGGUGCCGCCGCAACCGCCGCCUCCGGCGCCAGCGGCGGGCCCAGGCGCAUCUUCAGCGCCCACGUCAGCGGCAGAAGCGCCGCCGCUGCCGUCGCUAGUCGCCACAUGCGCACGUACGGCGGGAGUGUGGCGUUGCCGAUCGGCCGUACGACGUCGACGCCGCCGCCGCCCAGCAGGUACACUAGCGCUUCAACCAGGCUAGCCCUUCGUGAUGUGUUGAACCACCGGCCUACAGCCCACAGACCCAUGGGUCGCGGCGGUGGCACCGGCACUGGCGGAGCCGCCACCGUCACCGCCGCCGCCGCCGCCGGGCGCAGCAGCGUCGGCAUCGGCGCAUUGGGUAACCUGGACUUCCGGCCGCGAUGGAGAUACUGA